AUGUCUUCUAAAGGAAUAACCAAAAAGAAAGUCAAAUCUUUGAAAAAUUUAGAUUCUACCAAGAAGUUGGCUGAAAAAAUCAAACAACAAGCAUUACAGAAACAACAACAAAAACAACAAAAACAAAAAAAUGAAAAUGAAAACCAAAACCAAAACCAAAACCAAAACCAAAACCACACAGAACCUUCCACCUCCUCUUCCUCUUCCUCUUCCUCUUCAAUCACAACAAUCGACCCUGAUGCAGAAUUAAAAUUUAAAACAUUUAAAGAAUUAAAUUUAGUUCCAGAUUUAUUAGAAUCUAUUGAAUCAAUGAAAUUCACAAAACCAACUCCAAUUCAAUCAGAAGCUAUUCCUCAUGCUUUAGAAGGUAAAGAUAUUAUUGGAUUAGCACAAACUGGAUCGGGUAAAACUGCAGCAUUUGCUAUUCCUAUUUUACAAUCAUUAUGGCAUGCUCAACAACCUUAUUUUGCAUUAGUUUUAGCCCCCACUAGAGAAUUAGCUUUCCAAAUUAAAGAUACAUUUGAUGCCUUGGGGAGUUCAAUGGGAUUAAGAUCAAGUUGUAUUGUUGGUGGUAUGGAUAUGAUGGAUCAAGCAAGAGAUUUAAUGAGGAAGCCUCAUAUUAUCGUGGCCACCCCGGGAAGAAUUAUGGAUCAUUUAGAACAUACAAAAGGAUUUUCAUUGAAAAAUUUGAAAUAUUUAGUUAUGGAUGAAGCUGAUCGUUUAUUAGAUAUGGAUUUUGGUCCAGCAUUAGAUAAAAUUUUAAAAGUAAUACCAAUUAAACGUAUUACUUAUUUAUUUUCUGCUACUAUGACUAAUAAAAUUGAAAAAUUACAACGAGCUUCAUUACAUAAUCCAGUAAAAGUAUCAGUAUCAUCAAAAUAUCAAACUGCUGAUAAUUUAAUUCAAUCAAUGAUGUUAGUUAAUGAUGGUUAUAAAAAUACUAUAUUAAUUCAUUUAUUAAAUGAAUUUAUUGGUAAAUCAAUAAUUGUUUUCACAAGAACUGUAGCUCAUGCUCAAAGAACAGCAUUAUUGGCAAGAAUUUUAGGAUUUAAUGCUGUUCCAUUACAUGGUCAAUUAUCACAAUCACAAAGAUUAGGAUCAUUAAAUAAAUUUAAAUCUAAUCAAGCCAAUAUUUUGGUGGCUACUGAUGUUGCUGCUAGAGGAUUAGAUAUUCCAUCAGUUGAUAUAGUGAUAAAUUAUGAUAUUCCUACUGAUUCAAAAGCUUAUAUUCAUCGUGUAGGAAGAACUGCUCGUGCUGGUAGAUCAGGGAAAUCUAUUUCUUUAAUUACUCAAUAUGAUUUAGAAAUGUAUUUACGUAUUGAAAAUGUUUUAGGGAAAAAAUUACCAAAAGAAGAUAAACCACCAAAAGAAAUAUUAGAUGCAUUACAUGUUCAUGUUGAUAAGGCAACUGCUGAAGCAAUUAGACAAACUAAAGAAAUACAUGAUAAAAGAGGUGGAAGAAGAAGAAAUAGAGAUGAUGCUGAUAGAGAAGAAAGAUAA